AUGAAACAGAUUUUAAGGUCACUUAAGAAAUAUCUAAAUAGGUUAAUAGAUUUUUUCAAAAACUUACAAUCAUCAACACGCGUUUCUUCAAUAACAGAUUCUAUUUCAGCAAAUCAUAAAAAUAUUGAUAUGGUAUUUUCGAAUGGAUUCACAAUCACAAUUAAAACCCCAUCAUCUAAACAAACAAAAUCUUUAUUAAAAAAACAUCUCAUAAAAUUGGAAGGAGCGUUUGAUCUGUAUUUUGAAUUAAUAAAAAUUAAUCUAACCGAAGAAUUGUCUAAAGAGUUUUCAUAUGAGCUGGCUUAUAUUGCUGCUAAAGCUUGGAGGGACUCAAACGUUCACUUUCGUGAAAACUUUGAAGAAUUAUAUUAUGAAUUAGAUUUAAAUGAUACAUAA